AUGGCAGUUUGGGCUGAUUUCGAUGAUGACGAAGAUCCUGCGUCAAGUCCUGAUCUGAUCCAUGCGAUCACAGCAGAACACGGCCACGACGAUGUAGAACAGCAGCAAAAUCCUUCUGUCUAUGUCUCUUAUGCCUUGCGAUGCUAUCCGUAUGCGCAGCAGAAGCUGGCCAGCUAUCUCGAUCUGACCGACCUCGAUUCGCUAUCUUCUACUUGCAGAUCCGUGCACGACUCCCUCGUCCAAUUCGCUUGCCAAUUGAAGCAAAAAAGUCUGAGAUGCACCUUUGACAUUAGCGAACACGAUCAAGGACAGAGAGAUGCUGCUUUGGCAUUACAAUUGUCUCUGCAGGAUCAAUUGACUUUCGACAGUAGUGGUCCAGCGUUUCCUGUUCACAUUUACCAUGAGCAGCCUCCAUCUCAGGCGUCUUCGCAUGGUUCAGCAAAGGUCUCAAAAUGUGCUCGCGAUCUUGUCGCACCAUGUCGAAAAUGCGGAAUCACGGUCUGCAGAAAUUGUAUUGAGAAACCGCCGAGCAAUAGACUCCUCCCUGGCCGCCUUCGAAGACUUUGCGAUACCUGCCUCGAGAAACCGCUCGCCCUGCAUACUGGUCCAUCGCAAGAGCUGGUAGAGCAUCUCAAUUCGAGUGCGAGUUCCACACGGUCGCACCGAUCAAACUCAGACGGGUCCGACCACAGUGCAGAUGAGCACCAUAACACUCGCACAAAAGAGUAUCUGUCAGCAGCUUCAGCGACCUGGCGCAGAGAUCCUUGUACCUGCACUACACGAGGAGUCUAUGUUUGCCAUCAGUGUGCACACAGUAAUAUCGCGGCAGACAGAAUCUACCAAAAUGUCUGGAAAUGGCGAUCACGCUACUCAACACACCUGGGUGGUGGUCUAGGUACUGGUCUAGGCUUGGGUGACCAAGGUCAGAAGUGCGGCCGAGACAAAUACUGUUUGGCUAAACGGGAUGCUACUGCCCUGAUGGAAGCAGAGUGUUCUUCCGAGGACGUCUCCACACCUCUCGAGCUAAGCCGCUCUAAUACUCCACUCUCACACGACGAGGCCCGACCCGAACCAGGUUAUUUCAGGCAAGAGAUAGAGGGCGUAGGUGGUAAGGUUAAGAGCAAGUCUAAGAAACUCGUCAAGGUUGGUGCCACCGUUUGCGAAUUCCCAGACGAGCGUGUCAGUGGCAAGUUUCUAGGCAGAGAAGCUGCUGGUGAGCUGAGGGCUUGGUGUAGCUGGUGCAGCAGAGUGUGUCCUGGAAAGAGAGACUGA